CGGCUGCCCUCCCGGGAUGAAGCCUCUCCAGCUGGAAUCCCUUCACUUCUCCUUCCCCCAGUGGAAUGGUGGUUUCUAGAGGUCUCAAGAUCGCCACGGCUGCAGAGUAAUCCGAGCAGCAGCUGGAGGCUCCGCACCGCCUCCCGUGCCCGGCUUCGGGGCUUUGAUUUCACACAGGGCUCCCUGUCUCCCCUCCUCUCCCUCCUCCUCCUCCUCCUCUCCGGGCCCUCCCCUCAACUCUCGGGAGCGAAGAGAAGCUGUUUGGUGGGUUUCUGGUGCUGGGAGGCUCGCAGGUCUGGAGCUUACUCAAGGGAAAAGCAUCCUGUGCUCCCUCAGACAGUCACACAGUGAGCAGCAGUAAGUGUCACCCCUGUGCAAGACUGAGCUGGGAAUAAAAGGAUGGAGAACAUGUUUGGAUGCUGGAAAGUCAUUGCAGUUUUGGCCCAGCAAUUUCUGUCCAGAGAUGAGAAAAGCAAGUGGAAAUAACCAAGACUGAAAAAUGUGAAAUGGAGAACAAUGCAUUUCCCGGCCUGGUUCAAUUUGCUGCUUCUCCUUCCUUGCGUUGGUACCACAAAAACCUGCUUCCCUGGCUGCCACUGUGAAGUGGAAACCUUUGGUCUCUUUGACAGCUUUAGCCUGACCAAGGUGGACUGCAGUGGAAUAGGCUCCCACAUUGUUCCUGUCCCAAUCCCUCUGGACACCACCUACUUGGAUCUAUCAUCAAACAAACUGGAAACAAUAAAUGAAUCGAUGCUUACUGGCCCUGGAUACACCACCCUGGUGAGUCUCGACCUGAGCUACAACAAAAUUGCCAAGAUUUCCUCCACAACGUUCUCCAGGCUUCGGUACCUGGAGUCCUUGGAUCUGAGUCAUAACUCUCUAGAAGUCCUUCCGGAGGACUGUUUCUCCAGUUCUCCUCUCAGUGACAUAGAUUUGAGCAAUAACAAACUUUUGGAUAUAGCUAUGGACAUUUUUGCUUCAAAAGGACAAGGCAAAUCCCUGAAUGUGGAUCUAUCCAAUAAUAUGCUCAGCACAAUUACAAGACACCAUGAAAAGAGCAUUCCCAACAUACAGAACUUAAAUCUUUCUGGAAACAGGCUAACAUUUGUACCAAACCUUCAAGGCAUUCCUCUGCGAUAUUUAAACCUUGAUGGAAACCCUCUGGUUAAGGUUGAGAAAGGAGACUUCACGGGGCUGAAAGACUUGAUUCAUUUAUCCCUCAGUGGCCUGCAGGGCUUUAGGGAGUUAUCUCCUCAGAGCUUCAAGGAUCUCCAAGCCCUCCAGGUUCUGGAUUUAUCCAACAAUCCCAACUUGAAGUCACUGUCUGCUGAAGUUAUCUUUGGCCUGAACUCCCUACAAGAGCUCAACCUCUCUGGGACAGGCAUAUCAUCCUUGCCAAAGACCUUGCUGAAAUACCUGCCUUCCAUCAAAAGCAUCACCUUAGGGAAGGACAUACAGUGUCUUAAGACCAUCAAAGAAGGACAGUACCACCGACAAAUUGGGCUGACCAAAAAAGAAGUCCUCAGUUGCUAUGACAGCCAUGGAUCCGUAGCAGCAGCACCUUAUGUUUUGUGAUGGAAAACUGGGGAGAAGAAGGGGUGGGGCAGGGAGGGUGGGGGGACAGGGGACUUGUACAGGUGUCGGACUGAGAUGGCUUGCAGUGUGCCUUUUGUAAAACUGUCAAUAAUUUAUAUAUUUGUAUUUGCCAAUAGCUGAUUGUUUGUGGAUUUUAUAAACUCUCAAAUCUCGGUCCGCGUUAUCCGCAGGCUCCGGAUUUUAGCCAGAGCAUCGAGAUCCUCACUCGUGCCAUUGGCUCAGGAGCAGUGAUGCUGGACCAUGUGGGGACAAGUUGCUCUGCAGGUCCCAGGGCAGAACACUCAGUCUGGAGCAAACCCUUCAUGCCUCAGACACGUUUGUAGGAGCAAAGCUACACCUCUGCAGAGCACACACCAAAAUGUACCAGCUCUGUAGCUGCUUGCUUACAAACCCAUGCAUCAUCCUUCUUUUGAUUAUUACUUCCCAAAAUGUGCCUUCUGGAUGUUGCCUUCAUUAGCAGCACCCUGUUUUCUGUCAUGCACUUUCAGUCUUGAAGAAACAUUUCCAGACAAACCUGAAUACAGGGUGCACCUAAUGUGCUGGGUUUUCCAUGUUAUUUGCAUAAGUGUGCAAUGAACAUUGAGUAAGUUGAGACAUUUUCCCACCAAUUUCUCCUUGUUUUCCCACCUUGAUCCUUUUCAUGUCUAAUUAACUUAGGUCCAGCUUUGGCAACCUCCUGUCUUUUAAACCUCAAUAAGCCAUUGGUCAGAGAUGAUGUGCAGCAGAGGAAGGGAAGCAGAGGGGUCAGCUAACAGCCACAUCUCAUCCAGGAACUAGCUUUUGAUGAAGGAGGCUGCAAAGGGAAGAGAUCAUGUAGCCUAGCUCAGAAAAAAAAGAAAAGAAUCCCUCCUCCCUUUCUGGGGAAGCUUGGAAGGAAACUUUGACGGGGAUUCUUUCUUGAUGACCUUAUCAAACCAAGAUGCAGUCCUAGAAGAUAUGAGAGUAAGUUGUUUCCAGGCUGACAUUCCCCAUCUGAGCAGAACAUCUGCAGCUCAUCUGGGCAUAUGUGAGGCAACUUGCAGUGCCAAAACACUUCUGAGAACGUGCCAGGGGAAGAAUUAACACUGAUGCUUGUGGCCCUGGAGCACUUUGCUUAUCAGAGAAAAGAUCUUUGGGUUUUUUUCCAGAGUUGUGGCUUUUCUUUCUCUCACACCGCUCCUUGGUUGCCAUGUGAAUCUGAUAAAUUGAAAUCUGAUAAAGAGCCUGGUCCUCAAAGUUUUGCCGAUUUUUUUCUCUCCAUUGCUGAAAUGCUGGCAAAGGGAAACCCCUCUGGACCCUCUUUUUCUCCAGUCUAGGAGGAAGUGGGAGAAGGCAGCACAACAUGACUCCAUGCCAUGUGUGAAGCCUCCAAUUUGCUUACAGGAGCAGUGGAGGUGACUGCUGAGGUCUGGUCCACAUCUGGCAUGCUCUGUCCAGGGGGAUGGGAUGUUGUGGAUGGGGGUCAUGCUCAAGCUGAUCUGCAGUUUGAUCUCUAAACCCUGCAUCAGGGCCACUUUCAAUGCUUGAUUUACAGAGAUCCAUGUAAAGGAGAUGCAGAUAUAAACUCAUCUCAUAACUGUCCUUGGGAGUGUUGGAAGAAGCUCAGGUUUUGUCCUCAUACCCCCAAAAGUCUUGGAAAGUGGAAACCCUGUUGCCCAAACCCACUGUCUCCAUAAAAGUCAGAGUCAACACCUAACUUUGGAUACUGAAAUUUGGUACUGAAAUACUCCCACAUUUCCAUCUAUCUCAAUUUCAAUAAUUUUGGGUUUGGGUAGCAUAGGGUGGGAUUUUCACCCCUUUCUUCAGUUUUGGGGAUUUUUCCCCUCUACUGAGCCUUUGCGAUGUUUGACCAGCCUUCACAAUCACAUGAAAUGCUGAUUUUCUUAAAAAGGCAAUGGGGCUGCCUAUGGGCAGAGAUCUGGAGGGGAACAGAAACAAACUGCAGUGCAGGACAGGGGCAGUUUGUGAGGAAGGAUGUGGGAGUUUUACUGGAUUUUGCCUUUUUAAGAGAAUUAUUUUCUGCUGGCAGAAAAUGUAUUUUUUUAAAGAAAGCUGUUUACUUUUUUAAGCCUGUACAUAGAUGAAACAUUACGGCUAUCACCUACUGUCAAAGUUACUGUCUUUGCAGCACUGUGGUAAAUUUAAAACCCAAUGUGACAAUCCAUUUGAAGACUGCAAGAUUUCCUUGUGUAAUCUCACACUAGCUGCUAGCUAAACUAGUCUUAGCAAAAGCUGGCAAAUACUGUUGCUGUGUUAGUCUGUGUUUUUAAAGAACCUGCAGCAUUGUAAGGCUUUGUGAUUACUCACAAUAUAAUAAAGCGAUUUGGAGGAGAAUAAA